GCCGAAUUUCACUGGUUUGGAAUGGGCGAUGCCAAUUAAUCAUUCAUGACUCAUUGUUUCUGCAUGUCACUAUCUAGUGCAAGCCUGCCUCGUUAAAAGAGCACAACGCACGAGUCUACUAAUCUAAAAUGAUUCUGUCUUUCUCAUCCCACUGCAGGUGUUGGUUAGAGAAGGUCGGGAGGAAGUUGUUGUUGUGGAGAAGCCGCCCGUCUAUCAUGAUAGCUACCACAGGCAGUGGUAGUGGUGAGAUAGACCCCCGACAACCAGAGUCGCCUCAUCCAAUAGCACACGGCAGUUUCGGAGAUGUGUGGAAAUGCACCUACACCGCAUCCGACCGUCGAAGCCUGGAGGUAGCAGUCAAAUCCAUCAGGAUCGAUGUCGUAAUGGACGAUUCCAGGGCCAGACUUACUGAAAGACUCUUGGCUGAUUUUCAUGCAAGGAACCAACUGCAUCACGAAAAUCUUUUGUCUCCGCUCGGUUUCAGUCACGAAUUUGGGCUACUUCCAGCGAUAGUUUACCCCUGGAUGCACAACGGCUCGCUCACCAUAUAUCUUGAACGCCAUUCCACAGAAUUGACCAAAGAACAAAAGCUCCGGAUCGUGAGUUGUUUCUCAGAAGCACUCGUACAUCAUGUGCACUCGAAGGGCAUUGUUCACGGUAAUCUUACUGCCAACAACAUUCUGAUAGAUUCGGAUCACAAUGCCCACGUGGCAUAUGAUGGAAUCUUGCCUUGGGCUGUGCCAAAGCUCUACGGGGAGCCCGAGGACGAAAAGUCAUUGACUCCACAACCAGCCAGCGAUAUUCAUUCCUUAGAAUGCAUCACACAUCAGGUCAUGAAUGCAUGAUAGGUCAACCACCCUAUACAGAUGUGCGAAGCGAUCAUCAAGACACUGUCCUGGAGAAGCCUAUAAGACCAUCGAGUGUGCACGACGACGCAGACUCUUUCUGGGAUUUCAUCGAGAAAUGCUAGAGUGAUGCAGGACGUCGCCCCUCUGCCGUUGAUGUUAUGAGCUUUCUAGGAUCGGAUCAUGUCACUGCGCUAGUUAAAUAAUCAGAGAACUGAUCGACUGUAUUUUAUUUACGUAUACAAGGACUCCUGGCUCUGCGACAACAUAUUGUGUUCAUAGUAGCAACUUGGGAAUAUAAUACUAGCAUCGUCUCUGCAAAUAGACCACGUGUCUCAGUACUCCACAUUGAUAUCAGCUGCGUUGGCGCCAGAUUGUG